AAAUAAAAAACUGAAAAAAUAUUAAAAAAGUAAAUUAAUUAAGUAUUAAAAAUGAAAGUAAAUUAGUUAAGUUAAGGGUUUCCUGAGUACUUAAGCCAUAAGCAAGAUUAGUAAAACAUAUUAAAGUAGCAAGUAUAUACUCCCUCAAGGAGAGUAGAGUUUAAUCAUAAAAGGAAUACUCAUCAAAAUAUAUUUAGCGAUUAGUAUCACUUUUUGCCUUCAACUCAAGUAAAGAAUCCAUUUUUACGAUAAGAGUUCAAAAUAGGUGAAGUCAAAUAAAACUGGGUAUAGCUAGUAGAUGAAAAGGUUCUUUCACCAGUGGAAGUAUAUGAUUGUGUGCUAGAUUAAGUUUAAACAGUUCCAAGAGAAACUAUUUUUAUGAAAAAUAAAGACUUAUAUCCAUAGUAUUAUAAAGAAGCAUUAAAUGAUGGAUGUAAAAAGGAAUUUAGGAGAAUUUCAGGACCAUUUAUGUAGUAGAUCAAAGAGAUAAAUAAAAUGAAACCAAUUAUCGAAGAUGUAAAAACUCCAUCUAAGUUAAGAAAUUAGUCUUACUCAAAUAAAGAUUAUUAUUUAAGUAAUAAUAUUAAUAAUAUAUCUUCCUAGUUUGAUAUAUCUUCAGAUGAGAAAUAAAGAAAUAGCUAUUCAUAUUAAACGAAACCAAUAUUGUUAAGAUAAAGCAUGCUUAUGGAAAAAUCAAAUUUCUUUACUCCUAAUUUCAAAGAAAAUGAUGAGGUUGAUGAAAAAUUAGAAGAAGAAAAAAGAAAUUAAUAUUUGAGUCAUGAUCCAAGAUAUAUUAAUAAAGUUGAACACGAUAUUAACAAAGAAUUAAUUUAAAACUCCAUGAAAAAAUAGAAAUCCUUGGCUAGAUUAAAUAGGGAUUUAAAGCAACAUCCAGAACUAAAAUCCUCCAAACAAUUUGAAAACUCUUCAUCUUACAAUUCUCUUGAGAGAAUUAAUGAUUUAAAGAGAAGUGUUGAGUUUCAAUAGUUCGAAGAUGAACUAACUAAAUUUGAAAAGUCAUUAAAGACUAAUAAAAAAACAAAUUGUGCAUGGAUGACUAAUAGUAAUUAAAGGCUCACAAAUAAAAGUUAAUUUAUGUAAUAAUCAUAAAAAGUAGAAACACCUUAAUCAUAAUUUCAUUUAUAAAAAGAUGAAUCUAAUUUUAACUCCCCCAUAAUAUUACAACAGAAUUUGUAAAACCAAAAUUCUUAAAAUAGCUCAUAAAAAGAAUAGAAUAACUUUAAUUUUGAUAAAAUAAAUAGUAAUAUAUCUAACACUGAUAAUCUUAACACUCCUUCUUUUAAUAAUAUAUAUAAUUUUCACUUUAAGCCUAGCUAUUCUUCUUCAAAAAAAUUAGAUUCAAAUUAAGGGUCUCAACAUACUCUUGCUUAAAGUUGA